AUGGCCGAGGAAGACGAGGAAAUUUACGACGACGAUGAUUUUUACCAAGUUCUCUUGAAAGAACUGAUUAGCAAGAAAUCAAGUAACACUGAGGACCCUGUUGCAAUGACCAGGCAUUAUAUUGAAAUGCAGAAGCUGAAAAGUAAAAGAGCUAGAAAAAAGGAAAUUGACAACCGAGCUUCUAAGGAUAGAAAAUCAAGUAGGCCUUGUCACAAAUGUUCGGCGAUAUUCUUCAUAGCUCUGGGAUUGCUUUGUUGGACUGAUCCCGAUACGUGCAUCUUUUGGCCAACAUGUGAUCGCAAGCUAAAUGGAGAAGUAUGUUCGUAUGUAUACAAGAACGAGCUAGCAGGCCGAAUAUAA